AUGUGUAUGGUGCCUGGAGCACUUGGCUUUCUGGCCGACACUUUGUCUUGGCACAGACCUUCGCCUGGCAGUGUGGGCAUGCACUGUUCCGAGGCCGAGGCCAGAAUUGGUCCUUCAUGCUUAACCAAGAGUGUCGCUAUUGCCGAGAAUUCCGCGGGAAUCUUGCGUAAUCUCUCUUCCGUCAUUGCCUCUCGGGAGGACUACAGGUACGUCUUCAUGAGUUGGAUGCAAUUAUGUAAAAUAAGGCAUAUUAUGAUUAUCCAGAGGGCCUGGUUUUGA